GGAGGAGGAGGAGGAAGAAGAAGAGGUGGAAGAGGAGGAGGAGAAAGUAGAGGAGGAAGAGGAAGCGGAGAAGGCGAAAACGAGCGGAAAGCGGACGGUUAUCGGGAGUGGAAGAAGAGAGAGUGGCCAGGUGUGUCGCGGCUUCGCCGAGAAGGAGGAAGAGAACGUGGUGGAGGUCGUGGUGUGUCGUUGACGAAGAAGAAGGAAAGGAAAGAAGGUGGAGGAAGACGAGGAAGAAGAAAAGGAAGGUAGUGCUUGCUGCUCGGAGGUUGCGCAGAGAUCGCGAAAUCUCUCUCUCUUUCUCCGGGCGGUCGUUUUGCGCACGAGAAGCAAGGGAGGAGGAAGAGGAGUAGGAGGACGAGGAGGAGGAGUAGGAGUAGGAGUAGGAGGAGGAGGAGGAGGAGGUGGUGGUGUUGGAGAAGGAGAAGGAGGAAGAAGAGGAGAGCGGCCGGUGCGUGUGAAGAAGAGAAGAAGGGAGGCGAGGAGAAGGUGCAACGUGGUGUAUAUUUCCUUGCGAUAAGUCUAAAGUGUUCCUCUUCGAAAGGAAAAUCGACGAGCGGGGGUCGAGUGUGGUGUGCUUUUUUUAAAGUGGUGCCCCAGCACGAAGAGGGAAUCGCCAGCAGGGCAGAGGCUCGAACGCAUGUAGGAACAUGGCCGCAUCCAGCCCCUGCCUCCCUCUAGAGGUUGGCAGCAGCGCAAGAGGCGGCACAAAGGGACCCUGGAUACGCGAGUCAGUACAGGAGAAGGCAGAAGUUGGCCGGACUGAGUGGUCGCGGUGACUGGACUAGCUUUGGAGGGGAGGUAACUGGUGGUCCGGUGGAUAUGGCGCCAGGCCGGGAUCAGGGCGGAGGGGCGGGUGGAGGCGGGGGAGGACAGCCCAAAUCCAAGGGCACAACCUCGCUGUUCAUCCUUUCAGAGGAUAACUGCAUAAGGAAACACACCCGCUUCAUCAUCGAGUGGCCGCCCUUUGAGUACGCCGUCCUGCUAACCAUCAUCGCCAAUUGCGUGGUCCUCGCCCUCGAGGAGCACCUGCCCAAACAAGACAAGACCAUACUCGCACAGAAACUCGAGGCAACGGAGAUCUAUUUCCUCGGGAUAUUCUGCGUCGAGGCGAGCCUUAAGAUCCUCGCCCUUGGCUUUGUCCUCCACCGCGGCUCCUACCUACGUAACAUCUGGAACAUCAUGGAUUUCUUCGUCGUGGUGACCGGGUUCAUCACGGCGUUCUCGCAGGGCAUAGAACUGGAUAUGGAUCUGCGCACGUUGCGUGCGAUACGCGUGUUGCGACCGCUCAAACUUGUCUCCGGCAUACCGAGUCUUCAGGUGGUGUUGAAGUCCAUCAUAAAAGCAAUGGCGCCGCUUCUGCAGAUCGGAUUACUGGUUCUUUUCGCGAUCGUGAUAUUCGCCAUCAUCGGUCUUGAGUUUUAUUCGGGAACUCUGCAUAAAACGUGUUACAGUAUAAAGGACAUCAGUGUGAUCGUGAAGGAGGGCGAGAAUCCGGACCCGUGCAACACGGACAUUCAAUCCGAGGCGCCGUUUGGUGCCCACGUGUGCAAUGCGAGUAUCUCGACGUGUUUGGAUCAUUGGGUGGGACCAAACUACGGCAUCACCAGCUUCGACAACAUCGGAUUCGCUAUGCUCACUGUCUUCCAGUGCAUCACUAUGGAGGGCUGGACUUCCAUAUUGUACUGGACAAACGACGCUCUUGGAAGCACGUACAACUGGAUUUACUUUAUACCAUUGAUCGUCCUUGGCUCCUUCUUCAUGCUGAACUUAGUUCUUGGUGUCCUGAGCGGAGAGUUUGCGAAGGAGAGAGAGAAGGUGGAGAACCGGCAAUCCUUCCUGAAAUUGCGAAGACAACAGCAGCUCGAGCGCGAACUGAAUUGCUACCUCAAUUGGAUCUGCAAAGCAGAAGAGGUAAUUCUCGCCGAAGAGAGGACCACGGAGGAAGAAAAAAUGCACAUAUUAGAAGUGAGAAAAAGAGCCGCGGCGAAGAAGAAAAAAUUGAAGAAUCUUGGAAAGAGCAAGAGCACCGAUACGGAGGAGGAAGACGCCGAGGACGAUCAGGACGAUGGAUUCUCAAGAGCUUCCUACUUCAAGUCGAAAGUGAAAAACAAAGGAACGUGUAUGCAAUUUUGGCGAGCCGAAAAGAGAUUCAGAUUUUGGAUACGUAAUUCCGUGAAAUCGCAGAAUUUCUAUUGGUUCGUCAUCGUCCUGGUGUUCUUCAACACCGUUUGCGUAGCCGUCGAGCAUUACGAUCAGCCACAGUGGCUUACCGAUUUUCUCUAUUACGCGGAGUUUGUGUUCCUUGCCCUGUUCAUGAUGGAAAUGUUCAUAAAGGUAUACGCGCUCGGUCCUCGCACAUACUUCGAGUCGAGCUUCAAUCGCUUCGACUGCGUCGUCAUCUCGGGCUCGAUCUUCGAGGUGAUCUGGUCCGCGGUGAAGUCCGGCUCUUUCGGCCUCUCCGUCCUACGUGCCCUUAGACUCCUGAGAAUUUUUAAGGUCACCAAAUACUGGAAGAGCCUGCGGAACCUCGUAAUAUCGCUCCUCAGCUCGAUGCGUAGUAUCAUUUCCCUUCUCUUCCUGCUCUUCCUUUUCAUUCUCAUAUUCGCGCUGCUCGGAAUGCAGCUCUUCGGUGGCCAGUUCAAUUUCGAUUCCGGGACGCCACCAACAAACUUCAAUACUUUUCCCAUCGCGCUGCUUACUGUCUUCCAAAUCCUUACUGGAGAAGACUGGAAUGAGGUGAUGUACUAUGGUAUCGAGUCACAGGGCGGUCACAGAAAAGGCAUGAUGUACUCGCUCUAUUUCAUCGUGUUGGUGCUCUUCGGCAACUAUACGCUGCUGAAUGUCUUCUUGGCUAUCGCCGUCGAUAAUUUGGCUAAUGCCCAGGAGCUGAGCGCCGCCGAGGACGAGGAGAAGGAGGAGGACAAGGAGAAACAAUUACAGGAACUCGAGAAGGAAAUCGAAUCCUUGCAAAAGCCGAACGAUGGUAACGCACCGAAGGUGGAAAUCUGCCCUCCGAGUCCGAAUCAGAAUUUCAAAGACGGUAAAGGUGGAAAACAGGCGUCCGAAGAGAAGAAGCAGGAUGAAGACGAUGACACGGGACCAAAACCAAUGCUGCCAUACUCCUCCAUGUUUAUACUAUCCCCUACGAAUCCCGUAAGAAGAGCCGCCCAUUGGGUCGUCAAUCUAAGGUACUUCGACUUCUUCAUCAUGGUGGUAAUAUCAUUGUCGAGUAUCGCGUUGGCCGCCGAGGAUCCUGUAUGGGAACACUCGCCGAGGAACGAGAUCCUCAAUUAUUUCGACUACGCGUUCACCGGUGUCUUCACCAUCGAGAUGAUCCUGAAAAUCAUCGAUCUCGGGGUCAUAUUACAUCCUGGCUCGUAUCUACGCGAGUUUUGGAACAUUAUGGACGCGGUGGUCGUAAUAUGCGCCGCGGUGUCGUUCGCUUUCGACAUGACCGGUAGUUCAGCGGGACAAAAUCUCUCAACGAUCAAGUCGUUAAGGGUAUUACGUGUGUUGAGACCGCUUAAGACGAUAAAAAGAGUGCCCAAGCUCAAGGCGGUAUUCGACUGCGUCGUGAACAGUUUGAAAAAUGUCAUAAACAUUCUCAUAGUGUAUAUAUUAUUCCAAUUCAUCUUCGCUGUGAUCGCGGUACAACUGUUUAACGGAAAAUUCUUUCACUGCAGCGACGAGAGCAAGUAUACGAAAAAGGACUGCCAGGGUCAAUACUUCGUCUACGAGGAGGGUGUCAUGCUGCCAGAACCCAAGAAAAGGGAGUGGACGUCUCAAUGUUUUCAUUAUGACAACGUUAUGGCAGCUAUGCUGACGUUAUUCGCUGUCCAAACAGGCGAGGGCUGGCCACAAAUCUUGCAGCACUCAAUGGCGGCCACUUACGAGGACCAGGGUCCCAUUCAAAACUUUCGCAUCGAAAUGUCCAUUUUCUAUAUCGUCUAUUUCAUCGUCUUUCCAUUUUUCUUCGUCAACAUCUUCGUGGCCUUGAUUAUCAUCACGUUUCAAGAGCAGGGAGAAGCCGAGCUUCAGGAUGGCGAGAUCGAUAAAAAUCAGAAAUCAUGUAUAGACUUUACGAUACAAGCUCGCCCCCUCGAGAGGUACAUGCCGAAGAAGCUGAACGGCGUAAAGUACAAAAUUUGGAGGAUAGUCGUAUCGACACCGUUCGAAUAUUUUAUCAUGAUACUCAUCGUACUAAAUACAUUACUGCUAAUGAUGAAGUAUCACGAGGCGCCGCUAUUACUAUUGGACAUCUUGACCAUCGUGAACUUGGUCGUCACCCUCCUUUUUCUCAUUGAGUGCAUCCUUAAACUCAUCGCCUUCGGAUGCAAGAACUUCUUCAAGGAUUCUUGGAACACGUUCGACUUCAUUACGGUGAUCGGCAGCAUCGUGGACGCACUUGUCAUCGAAUUCGGGGAGAAUUUCAUCAACGUCGGCUUUCUUAGGCUCUUUCGUGCCGCCAGACUGAUCAAGCUGCUACGACAGGGAUACACGAUACGAAUUUUACUCUGGACCUUCGUGCAAUCCUUCAAAGCCUUGCCUUACGUUUGUCUCCUCAUCGCGAUGCUCUUUUUCAUCUACGCCAUCAUCGGUAUGCAGGUAUUCGGUAACAUCGAGCUGGGUGCUGACAGUUCUAUUAACAAGCACAACAAUUUCCAAAGCUUCAUUCAAGGUCUGAUGCUACUUUUUCGGUGUGCAACUGGAGAAGCUUGGCCGAACAUCAUGUUGGCCUGCAUAAAGGGUCGACCUUGCGACGUUAAAGCAGGGAAACAGGAACCAGGUGGUUGCGGUUCUAACAUCGCCUAUGCCUACUUCGUCUCGUUCAUCUUUUUCUGCUCGUUUUUAAUGCUGAAUCUUUUCGUCGCCGUUAUAAUGGACAAUUUCGAUUAUUUAACGAGAGACUCGUCAAUUCUCGGCGCGCAUCAUCUCGAUGAAUUCGUGCGAAUAUGGGCGGAAUACGAUCCAAAGGCAACCGGUAAGGUACUCUACAAUGAGGUCUACGAUAUGCUUAAGGUUAUGGAUCCGCCAUUGGGGUUUGGCCAAAAGUGUCCUAACAGGCUCGCUUACAAAAAACUCAUUAGAAUGAACAUGCCCGUUGAUUCUGACGGGAAGGUCAACUUUACAACAACGCUAUUCGCACUGAUACGAGAGGAUCUUAGUAUUAAAAUGAGAUGCGCCAAUGAGAUGAAACAAGCGAACGAGGAGCUCAGAGAUACGAUUCGAAGUAUCUGGCCUCUGCAAGCGAAAAAGAUGUUGGACCUUUUGAUACCUAGAGACGAAGAGGUAGGCAGAGGAAAGCUCACCGUCGGUAAGAUAUACGUCGCUCUCAUGAUUAUUGAAAAUUGGAAGACGACGAAGUUCGGUCGGGAAAAGCCAUCCGGACAGAACGAUAACGAUCUUAUCGAUAACGAUAAUGCUGGGCAAAGUCCUGCAGCCCAGGCGCAAUCGACCCUCUACAACUGCCUGAUGGACAUGGCGGUGGUUAACCACACCGGAAAUAGCCACGCAACCGGAAGUAGGGCGAACAGCCUUGAACCGGUGAUACGUCCGACAACGGAGAUGAAGCACGAUCGGCACAAGGACUUCCGUGACGAGGAGGAAGGGACCCUAGGGGCCCUAGCAGCCGCCGAGCAUAGACGACAGCAUAGCAUCAGAAACAAAAAGGUGAACUGGAAGAUGUCCCACCAGUACGAUAUACUAGGCAGCAGCGGAGAGAGUAGCCAGGGAGGGGGUGGGUCUGGGGUUGUACUCGUAGUUAAUGGCGAGGAUCGCGCCCCCGAGCUAGAGCCAUUGCUGGCUGAGGUGCCCUCCCAGCAGGAUCACGACUACUACUACCAUCACCAUCACGACCAAUACUACGAUACCGACAAUGAUCAAUACUAUGACCAUCACCACCACCACCACCACCACCAUCACCAUCAUCAUCAUGAUCACCGACCACCCUCGUACUACCAACACCAGACCACCUACGCACCUCGCUCCUCGAUCCGUUACCACAAGAUGGACCUGCAGGAUGUCGUAGUUAGCGACUCGCGUGCCGGUAGUAUCGAGAGUCUAACGCAUUUCAGUGAGAGACUUCAUCCCCAUCAUCCGUCGACGCAUCCACCGAGACAUCAUUCGCGAUCGCCAAGCUUAAGGAGACAUUCGCCGAUCAUGCACAGAUCGCCAUCGCCAAGGCGACACAGGCACGACCAUCAUGGAUAUUAUCACGAAGGACCAGGCUUUAGCGAUACGGUUAGCAACGUCGUCGAGAUUCAAAGGCAUCAUCAUCAUCAUCCACAUUCCAUACAAUAUAAUCGACAUAGGAUACGAGACUAUUACGACCACUGCGACUAUUACGACGAUGGUCCAUGGAGCGCUUCGACGAGUCCCGCGAGAUCACCCAGUCCGGUUCAUCGGAUAGAUCGUGGGGAGCAUUAUGGUACGACCAGCUUGGAACAACGCUCUAGGAGUCCAAGUCCUAUCGGUGGUCGUACACCGGCACAUCCCCAUCAUCAUCAUCGUCAUCCGUCGCAUCAACACAGCUAUCCGGUUUUGGUAGCAAGAAGAGGCCGUCGAUUACCACCGACGCCUAACAAACCGUCGACGUUGCAAUUAAAACCGGCGAAUAUUAAUUUCCCAAAGCUUAACGCAUCGCCGACUCACGGACCGCAUAUGGUAGGAGGUCCGCAUGUACCGGCGGUACCGGUUGGCAUACCUCAUCCUACUACAGGUCAUAUGCAACCACCGAUGCAACCGAGUCACUGUCUGCUCAGUUUUGAGCAGGCCGUGGCAAUGGGCCGAGGAGGUCGUCUACUUCCGAGUCCUGUGCCGAACGGUUACAAACCGCAGCCCCAAUCGAAGCAACGUAUGCCAAGGUCAAGACAUUCCGACAGCGACGAGGAUGACUGGUGCUAGCCAAAGUGGGACCCUGGACGGUGGUCCGGCGACGUGGACGCCCCCAGGCGUCUUUGGGUCUGUGCGUGAAUCGUCUGCGUGAAUCGUCCACGUGGGACGUGCAUUGACUUUAUUGUUACGAUCGCGUGAACGCGAUCGAUCGAUCGAUCGAUCUCUAUCGAACGUGAGGAUCGACACGAAGGAUAUGCGGCUGCUUACGGCUGCUUCUCGCGAAUACGCAACGAAACGAGAUAAUACGAGAUAGAUAUUACGAGAAAUAAGCCGAAUAAUAGAGAGAAAGGGAUAGAAAAAAGAGGGAAGGAUAAUAGGAAAGCGUUACGAUUAGAAUCGAUUAGGAAAAAGGAUUGACUAAGUCGGCGAAACGAAAAUGAGUUUGACUCUUCGUUGGAGACCGAUCGCAAAUGUUUAGGUAAAAGUGAAAGUAAAAUAUUAUGGUGCUUUCAAUUUGCGAGAUAUAAAUAAAUAGAGGGGGGGAAAAACAAAAGAGAGAAGUGGGAAUGGAAGGGGUGGGUUUGGGCCUUGUUUUGAAAAAUAGGGGAAUUGAAAAGAUUGUAAGAAAGGGAAAAAAAAAGAAACGGAGAAAAGAAAAGUGAGAGAGAGAGAGAGAGAGAGAGAGAGAGUGAAAAAGGCAAAAAAGAGAUAAACAAAUAAAUAUAUAAAUAAAUAAAUAAAUAAAUAAAUAAAUGAAAUACGUAAUAUACACGUCGUGAACGUAUCCACGUUAGAAGCGUUCGUACUGAAAAAUGUUCGUAUCGCAUUCGGUGAUAACGCGAAAUCGGACGACGAAACGCUUCGUUUGUUUUUUAACGAUAUCUUCGCUGCGGCCAUUCCAAUCGGCGAAUCGGGACGAGAGGAGGGUCCACUUUUUAUACGAUAAUUAACCAACGAUAACAACUACAACAACAACAACAACAACAACAACAACAACAACAACAACAAUUGGAAGAAGAACUAACAAGAAAACUAAAGAGAGAGAAAGAGAAAAAAAGAGAAAGAGAGAGAGUGAGAGUUAGAAACAGAGACAGAGAGAGAGGGAGAGAGAGUGAAAGAUACUCUGCGAAUGUGAAAAUAGCAACAACAACAACAACAACAACAACAACAACAACAACAAUAUAAUAAAACAAAACAAAAAUUAAAUACGAAACGAAACGAAACGAAAGAGACAAUGUUGUGGCUGCCGGAUUCUUUUUCGUGUUUAAAAAAAAAAAAAAUAUAUAUAUAUAUGUAUGUAUAUAUAUUUAUAUAACGCGAAAUUGUCAAUGCCCGAAAAAAAGAGACCAAUGACGACGGGUCUUCUAUUUGUUCUUUUUCGUACUAUCUUUCUUUCUCCCUCUCCAUCCCUCUUUCUCUCUUUUUCUCACUCCCUCAUUUUCUCUCUCUCUCUCUCUCUCUCUCUUUUUCUCUCUCUCAUCCUCUCCCUCUCACUUUUUCUCUCCCUCUCUUUCUCACUCUCUCUCUCUCUUUCUUUCUUUCACAUUUUCUUUCUUUCCUUCGUUCGUCGCUUUUGUUUAAUCACGAAAUAAACAAAUGGCGUGAGUGGUCGGUGUAUUUUGCGGGAAGGACAGAGAGGGAAACGAGGACGGCGAAGAAAGCAACGAACAAUAACGAUAAGAGAAAGAGAGACUUCAAUAGAACAGUGAAUGUUCGUAAAUAUUAUACACAUUUUUCUUACGAUGUGUUAGAAAACGCGAUUACGACGUAUGCAUUUUGAAGGAUAAAAGAAAAGGGAAAAAAAUGGGCGGCCUCAUGAAAAUGAAGAAAUCCGCGAUUAUUACGAGUAUUAUGGGAGUGCGUGUGAACGAUAAAAGAAUGAUAUGAUAAGGGAGGAAGAGGAGGAGAAGGAGAAGAAAAAGAAGGAGGAAAAGAUGGUGGAGGAGGUACGAGCUUAUGUCAUUAUGCGAGAUUCGGUCGAACGUAAACGUCGGAAAAUCAUUUCGAUUGACGCGCGUAUACGUCUCGAACGUAAAUAAAUAAAAUCAUGUUAAAUUAGCUCGUAGAUAGAUAAAUAUGUACGUUGGUGAAUUGUUUUUCUAACGACACCCGUUGGAAAUUCAUGACAGAACGAAAGAUACGAAAUGUACGUGAAAGAGCUAAGUGAGGAAUUAUAUUUUAAAGGGACAAAGAGUCAAGGAUAAAAGUCGAAAAAUCGCCGAUCUAUUAAAAGAUCAUCGAUCUUCGAAAACAUCGAUCACCGUUCGUUGCUUUAUCCUACGUUACAACGAUUCUCUGUUAAAGGAAAAAACACGUACACACACACACACACACACACACGCACACACAUACACACACAUGCACAUGCACAGAGGUAAAAAAAAAACGAAAAUGAAGGAACGAGCAAAAAAACCAAAAUAAUUAAACACGUUAUAAAUAAAUAAACGAACGUACACGUACGUACGAACUUACGAACGAACAAAGAAAUUAUAAAUUAAAAGGAAACGUAAAUAGAGAUCGUAAUCAUUCUCUUUCUCCGCGUCGUUCGGAACUAAGGUCGAGAGGAAAAACAUAUAAAUUACACGUUGUAGUUUAUCUACGUACGUCUUUUACGACGUAAACAAACGGGUCAAUACGAUCAAAGAAAAGAGAACGAAUUAAGAAGGAUACAUACGUAACGUAGCAAAUUAUUUCGAUCGGAAUCAUUUCGUUCUCGUCGUUCCUUCGGGAAGGAACGAGUCUCCUCAGGGACGAGAAACGGAGAGGCAAACUUAAUUGGGACAAACGAGAAAGGCGAAUGAAAGGAUCGCAGCACACAAGGGAACGAUAAUAAAUUAUUAUUGUAAAGUGUCGUCGUAUGGCCGAGUAAUAAAUAAAGAAAUGAAUAAAGCGUGUAAAGUAUAUUAAAAGAGAAAGAGAGAUAGAGACAAAGAUUGAAAUAGAGAGAAAAUGAGAGAGAGAGAGAGAGAGAGAGACAGAGAAAAAAAGAAUAAAGAAGAGCAAUGUUUAGGGGGCGGGGGGGAUGAAGCGAGGUAUAAGGCAGUCUUCGCAUUCUUUCUAUACGAUUCUCUAAACAUUUGUAAAAUACUGCAUAUAUUACGAUUAUAAUACAAUACUAUCACUGCUACUACCGUUACUAACUACACCUACAAAAAAAGAGACAAACUACUUCAUUACUACUAUUAACUAAAAACUACUACUAUUACAACUACUACAGCUAC